UGUGGACUGUGGUCUGUGGAAUCCGAGGUGGAAUCCAAUAAUAACUAAUAAUUAAUGACCUUACAAAUAUUAUAAAAGUGUAUCAAAGUCUCUAACAGUGUAAACUACUGUCAAACGUUACCGAGUACCGUGUACGUUACAAAUAUUUCGAGCCGAGUCGUUUCUUGAUAAUAUCCGCAAUUAUAAAACAAUCGACUAAAACCACUUGUCAUUAAUAUUUAAUAGGCAUUAGGCGAUAACCCAGGACGAACUCUGUUCGACAUUCGGCAUUCUAAUCCCGCAGAUAUUAAAAUACUAUUAUAUUACGUAAUGUUAUUAUGUUAAUAUCAUCGGACAAUCUACUUUCUCUUUAAGACCAGUUCAUUAAAUGACGACAGUGUUGUUCAAAAGUACGUGGAGGCCUGUACUCCGUUGUGUAGUUAAAUAUUCGACUAAGCGUACAAGGAAAAUGCCGAGUCUAUUAACCAAAGAACAGAGAGAAGAAUUACUCCAGCCAUUAUUCUCUAAUCAAUGGUCGUUAGUGAAAGACAGAGAUGCCAUAUACAAGGAAUUUUUAUUCUCUAACUUUAUUGAAGCUUUUGGGUUCAUGACUCAAGUAGCAUUGAAAAGUGAAAAAAUGGAUCAUCACCCUGAAUGGUUUAAUGUGUACAACAAAGUGCAAGUUACAUUAUCCACACACGAUGUUAGUGGUUUGUCAUCAAACGAUGUUAAUCUUGCCACAUUUUUGGACAAAACAGAAAAAAGCAUUAAAGCAUCUUCAUAAUUUGCUAAUGUAAUUUAUAUGUAGUAAAUAUAAAUUAUAUGUAGAACAAAAUACAAAA